AUGGCCCCCAACGGUGGAAAGCUUGAAGACGUUUCGAGGACAAGCUUCGGAUACAUCUACCACCAUUUGUUCCUGCCUCCAAAACUCCCGGGUGCAGACGACACCUCUCAGAAGAACGACACAACCCUUUUGGAAUUUGUGCAGCGGUCAUUGCGGCGUUUUCUCCCCGGACACCAUGAUGAGGACGCGGUGAAGGCAGGUAUCUCGGUACUGAAGUCCUUAAGGACAUCGAGGAACCCUCAAGGAUACCUGAAGGAUGUUGUUGUCCGAGAUAUUCUGAAGGAGCUAUCUUCCAAAGCACCUGUAGCAGCACUACAAAUCACAGAACAAAAUGCUGGUGUUUUUAUCAGCAGAAACGCGGACACGGUGUGCUUUGAAGUUUUUGAGCUAUCACCAAGAAACGAGGCUGUGGUGUCCAUACGAGGACGGCUCGUGCGCCAUUUCCCGGCAACUGCAGUGGAAGUCACGGCCGCUGAUUUCGAAAGCCAAGACUUUCAGGUAGUCAUGGCCAAAACUCUCACCAAGAUGAGCCAGCAAACUGUAAGAGAGACGAAGCAGGUGACCAAGAAAGACAAGCAAGAGAAAGAGGACAACAACGAGACAUCUGACCCGAUGAUUGUUACCGAACUCCUUGCAAGCAUCCUCCGAGGAUGCGGUAAGGAAGUUGCUGUGGACAAAAUCUGUAAAAACACCCGCGAUGAUGUGAUAUGGAAAGACAGCAAAUUUCCUUGGCGUCGCUCUUCGACUUGGCUUCUAGUUCGAGUAGCCCUGCAGUUGUCUAUGACACGACUUUCUGCGACUGGAAGAAAUACCUACAAGGAGUUCAUGGCCUUUCUCAUGGCUCAAGCUCUUCACGCUGCCAAUGACCACCAGAAAGUUUCCAGCGACAUCCUUCAAACGAUGUUGAAUAAGGUUUCACGUCGUCUCUGCAAGCUCCAGAGACCGAGCGAUGGGCCUUGGCUGGUUAAUAUCCGACAUGUCGUCUCAAAAUCUUCGGAGAUUCUGCAUAAGCGAUGGAGGUAUAUCACGGAACGAGCUGAACCGCCACUGAGCCUGAGUGAACUAUCCAAGUUCAACAUUGAGAAUAAUAUCACCUUCUCCCUUAAAGAUAUGGAAGCUUUCAUCAAGUCGAUAACUCAGCGAAAAGCGGCGGUUCUCGAACCCAGGUUUCGUCCUACUUCAGAACUCAACUCAUUGCCCCAGAACCAGUUGCCAUCCGUUAGAGACUGGGGUGAGGAUUACACACCUUUCAAGCUCCUCGAGAUUGAGUCGUGGGUGGCAGAGAACCUUCAAACAUGGAUCGAUCACCAUAUGAGAAAAGCAGAUAAUCCGGUGAAGGAUUUGAGAUAUUUGAUCGAGGCAUACCACGCCAAGGCAGCUAGCUACUACUCCGGACGCCCCGAGGGAGCUUCGCGAAUGAUUCUCACUAUCUUAGAACUCUGGUAUGCCGCAGACGUAGCCGCCAUCCAAGAACUUCCACUUUUGGCAGAUUACAAUCCACAGAUUCCAGCCGUCCUGUGGCAAUCGCUCUUACUUGGUUCAUUGCAGGACAUGAAGAGGCUUCAACGUCUUGAGAUCUACAUCCGGAAUCGCGUCAAAUCUGCAGAGAAAGCGGAUAGGCCUUAUAUUCUUGGCUCAUUUGGCUCGCCCGGCUCCUUCGCUGUUGAAUUCUUUCGCAACUCGACUCGGCUCCAGCAGCUCAAGUAUGAGAUUGAGGCAGACGCCGCGGCUAAGAGACAGGAGAAACGCGAUGAGUUUCGCAAAGCCAAGACGGAGUAUGUCAAGCUGAUGCAGAAGCACGCAGAGAGCGAAUGCGAUGUAUCUACGAAGCGGGACGCAGGAGGGGUGGUCUACAUUCAUCCGUCUUCAUGCCGACGGUGCGGCUUUGAAUCAAAGGCCAACGCCCUUGCGGUUUUUGUGCACGAAUGGCCCCUGCCGCAACACGAACUCGCUGCGCAGGCUACCGUUUUCGAGAUGGCUGCUCCUGUGACUUUCUCGGAGUGGAGAGACCUGACAGUCUACUUGAUCAAUGACGUCCUCCUGUGCCGACCUGGAAAUCCAUCAACUCCACGGACCACCUACUCCUUAAAGUCAUAUCAACCUCUCAAGCCCUGGCACGCAACCAAACCGAACUACCGCAUUCAUCUGCGAUCAGAAGCCAAGCCCAACGCUGUCAUCCAUCGACGGGCAUUGCCUGUCGGGCAAGCGGUUGAGUCGGACGUCUGCCUGAGCAGCGGAGUUAUGUACCAGUACUACGACGAGGCAUUAAACUCAUUUUCUUGCGACCUGGCAUUGACCGACGACCUAUCUGAGCUGUGUAUCUUUAAGCUCCCCAAGAGAGCCCAUGCACUGGAUCAAUUCCUUCGUCGCAACUGGAGAAAACCUGAUGGUCAGACACCGAAUGAGGUAAUUGUCAGCCAAUUCGAGUGCCCUGAGUGGAUGCCCUUGAGCGAGUUCAGGGCACUUACUGGUAUGGCGUAUGGGCAUAAGAUUCAGUGGAUGAACAUUCUAAGGGAGUUGGCCAUGCCGAACAUCGAUUUCAAUAGACGCGAAACGGCAAUGUUUCUGCUCCAGAUGAGCCUGCAAGCCGGCCCAGAGUCAUCAUUAGUCACCCGAUCCACCCACUCGCAACCAUGCGAUGAGUUAUUUGGGCGGAAGAUUCUGGAGAGCUUAACUGGCUGCGUCUUGCGUGUGCAGGCGAAUUGGGAGUCUUACACUGCCUUGUGGUCCUUCACUUUCCUGACUACGCGACUUUUGUCACUGGUUUCCAAGGACCUGUCACAGCCUUUCCUGAAUCUUCUCGAGCAGUGCCGGGAGACUUCCUACAGGUGGGUAAAGGCACUCCUCGAGCGAGUGGAGGAGACGAGCGAUGACGUGCAGAGGAGGGAAUUCCUGGAAACGGCUUCGAGCAUUGCAUUGAUCUGCAUUGAUUCAUUCAACGUUGACGAUGGCUUUCUGCGUCAGAUCUUGGCCAGUUCUCAACAGGCAGCUAUUAUGAUCGAAUGCUCUAUCAUAGUCCAUGAGAACCUUUCAUUGAAGACUGGUGACGACCAGAUUUUUCAGGAUGUUGUCCUUGACAGGUGGCGGCGCACUAUGUAUCGGGCCCGACCCAUCAUGAACGAGCAGAUUGCUUCCGGUGGCUCAUUUCUUUCCGAUGCCGUUGAACAACGCUGGCGGUACUUCAAAUCCACCUCAUCUUGGACCCUCUCUACCGGGACGAGGUGUUGGCACCAGACGACGAUGGACCAUCUCAAGGUGCACCUUAACAUAUUGACUGGAGAGCUACUUGUUAACGACCUACCUCUUUCUCGUCUACCCGCGGAUUACGAAACCCAUCAUGAAUAUAAGAGAAUAUUCGGCGACCUUUUACACAACGUUAUGCCAAGCACGAGCUCGGGCAUGGUCUUCUGCACAACCCAGCUCCUCCACGGCUACACGGUUCAUUUUGGAAGGGAAAGGCAAGACUUGCUCCUCCGCCUAGAGAAUGACAAGUCGUGCUACGAUUAUAUCCCUCGUCGAGUCUUCGCUGGUUUACUCCCAGACUCCUUUGUUGAUGAGUACGCGCACUGGUACAACAACAAGACGGGUGCUGUGGAGUUUUACCUCUUCAGCAAUCCUUUUCCGGCUCGGUCCUGCAAAUGGUGCCUUGAGGAACGCGAUGGAUUUUGGAAGCUACGUGGCCAAGAGGGAGUUUUUCUCUUAGCGCCUUCGAGUGGUCUGGCUCAAUGCGUUGCGACCAUUGUGGCUGAUCUGGAAAGUCCGUUGAGCCUUCAUAUGCUUUAUGAUCCGAACAGGAGGUUACUUGAUAUCAAGAUCCCAAGACUUGAGCUUGGCUUUUUUUUGAAUGAAGGAGAAUCGGUCAUUCGAUCUCACCAAUUCAGGGAGAUGCACGUUGACGAGGACCAGUCACUCGGCACUUUGGUGGGCCUCAAGAGCAAAUUAGUACUGCGAGGUAAUCAAACUCCACCAACAAGAUUAGUGCUGAUUCCGGAAGGCGAGGUCGAGAUCAAGAAGAACGAUAGCGACAUGGUUCAUGAUCACGUCACUGUGUCUGUAUGCCACGGAACUGUCCGGCGUGUCCAGCCUUACCAAAUUGACGAUCUCAUGGGCCGUUUUGUUACUGAGACGAAGCUCGAAAGCAAGCUCUAUCUAGCUUACCUUCAUGCUCUCACUUCCUUCUGCCUUCCAGAUCCGUUCAUCGGGCGGCGAGGGACUGAAGAGGCCUUAGAUAUCCUUAGUUCUGCAUCAGUCCGGGCGCCGACGGCGCUGAGUCCAACUGCUUGCAACAUCCUGAAUCACAUCGCUGCGCUCGCCCCAAGCCGUCACUAUCGUCCGGAUCACUUAAAGGAGAUGCAGACCGUGACCUGGUCCUCUCAGGUCAGGGUCUCAGUUCAAGAUGAUCGGUUUCUCACGAUCACCAAUGAGAUCUUCAAGCGAUCGUCCGAAGUCGAGUUUCUUUAUCCGAACGCCGAACCUCAACCAGACCGAAAGCUGCACACUAAUAUGGAUCUGGCUCAGCGGGCGAUUUUCCGUAACGCUGGUCAAUGUGUCUCUGGGUUCGGCGCCGAGGACUUUCACACGAACGAUGAUGAGAUCUAUCAGUCAAGGGACAAUACAAGAUCAGAGCGAGCAGCACGUGCGACCGCGACUGCUUACCAGGCUUUUCACGGUGAGCAGGGCCUCAUGGAACCUGUUUCAGGGGGACUUGCUCUGAACCUAUACAAAUUGAUGGCUAUGGGGAAAACGGCCAACCACAGAGGUGCCCCCCCAAAGCGAGAUAUGGAAUACGAUUCUAUGUGGCUCCAGAGACCAAGCUCUUACCUAUCAUCAUACUGGUCUCAGUUGCACCAUGCAUUUCACGACAACUCACAGUGGCUCAACAAGAUGGAGUUGACGGUUUGGAUAGCGACAGUAGCCUAUUCGACCGAGCAUGAUGAGCAGAUCACCCAAGCACUUCUCAUGAUGGCUUUAUCUCCCUCUGUGGCAGCUGCUCCACUGCCUUUGAACGAGGUACAUGACUUGUCCAAAGGAUACACCUUGCAGCCUGACAUGCUUGAAGCCGCGGCAACCUCUCACAUGGUCAAGUCUAAGCAUGGCCCAGAAGGAAAGUCACGGUCAAGAACCGCCAAGGGAGACGGAAAGGCUGCAGACCGACUUCGGCGAGAGUACGGCAAGGAUAAGAAGCAGGCGAUCAACAUCUUCAGAGAUCGACUUGCGCGACAAUGGCCCUGUCAAGUUCCCAAACAACCAAGCGACUACCACAUGGAGGCAUACAUUGACGUCGCACGGGCAACGAAAUCAAUCCUUCCAUCUUGGAGAAUAUGGUGGGCUAACAAGAAUUUCAAAGAAUAUUUGGAAGGUUUUGUUGCUGCCUUGAAAAAGGUCCCACUGAAAACGGCCUCUAUCGACGAUCGAUUGGUGUCAUCUGAGCAGCCGACAAAGCCACAUCAUAAAGGAUUCGUGUCUGUCAGUGAUAUUUUUCGACAUGACGCCCCUAAUACCAACAACGCCCCUGCAUCGACUAUUCAAGGCCUUGUCACCAAAGCUAGAGUAGAGACAGCGGAAAGGAAGGAGCUGGUAGGCAUCGUUGAUUUUCUCGAGUCUCGAGCAUGUUUCCAAUACGAGCGCAAUUAUCUGAACGAGUUGCGACAGAGUCUGUCGAGCUUGAGAAAUAAUAGCCAGAACAAGCUGGCCCAAAAUGAUGUGCCUACUGCUCUAUUGCAGGAACAUCUAGCAUAUUGCGAAACUCACCAUAAAGACAUCUACAACUCGCUGCGCAGCGCCGUCCAGCCAUUUUCCAAGUCAAAACCGCGCAGUCCUGAGGAUACGGUAGAUGCCAUUCUCUCGGAAGCUGGGCAUCAGCCCAGGAUUUCUCCAGUGUUCUUCCUGCAGCAGCUCAGAAACUCAGACUGGUCAAAACUGUCUAGUGCUUGGAAGAGUGCCAUCAUCCAGUACGGACUCGCAGUUACGGCUCUGCAAAAAGCCAGACGACUCAUCCGAUCCCAAAGUGACCCUGUUGACUUGCUCAGUGAGCUCGAGAACCAAGGCCAUGAGGGCUGGAGCCCUCAUGAACAUCCCGAGUGGUUGCUCGUUGAAUGUGAGAGUCAAAUCAUGAUCCGGGAAGUCCAGCAGCAGAUUGCCCAGCAGAUGAUCCAACCUUCAGGGGACCACAACGCCGUGAUGCAGCUGAACAUGGGACAAGGCAAGUCGUCCGUUAUUGUUCCAAUCGUAGCCACUGCCCUUGGCGAUGGCUCGAGGCUAGUCCGAAUCAUCGUAGCUAAGCCCCAGGCUAAGCAGAUGCAUCAAAUGCUAGUUGCUAAGCUCUCUGGCCUUGUCAACCGUCCGGUUUAUCAACUGCCUUUCUCCAGAGAUGUCCAGCUAGAUGCUAGCAGGUCUAGGGUUAUACAUCAGUUGCUAGUCCAUUGUCAGAAAGAAGGAGGUAUCUUGCUCGUUCAGCCAGAGCAUUUGCUAUCCUUCCAGUUGAUGGAGCUGGAGCUUGAACUUGAUGGUCAGACUGAACUUGCUGGGGAGUUGAAGAAGACGAGGCUCCUAUUCGAAAAUCACUCUCGGGACGUGGUGGAUGAAAGCGACGAAAACUUCAACGUCAAGUUUGAACUUAUCUACACACUCGGACAACAGAGGUCAAUCGACCAUAGUCCGGAUCGAUGGGUCAUUGUGCAACAAGUCCUAAGUCUAAUCCAUCGAUUCGCCGCUGAGGUGAAGGAAGAAUUUCCGCAAUCGAUAGACCUAGAUGAGAGACAUCAUCAGAGAUUCCCAGUGAUCCGCAUCCUACGCCGUGAUGCUGAGAAGGCGAUCUUCAACCGUAUGGCCGAUUCGAUCUGCGAGACUGGCAUCGCCGGGUUUCCCAUUGCAUAUCAGCCUCCUGACAUUCGAAACGCUGUUCGAAGAUAUAUUACCCAGUGGGAACUAUCACUCGAAGAGGUUCAAGCUGUUGAACACAGUCGGUUCUGGAACGGGAAAAUCAUCAACCACGCCCUUCUACUACGAGGCCUCCUUGCUGGUGGUGUUCUUGCGUUUGCUCUUGGCCAGAAGAGAUGGAGGGUUAAUUACGGCCUCGACUUGAAUAGGGAGAAGAAGACUAAGCUUGCUAUUCCUUAUAAGGCCAAGGACAACCCAACGCCUCGGUCCGAGUUCAGUCAUCCUGACAUCGUUAUCGUGCUUACCUGCCUAAGCUACUACUAUGGCGGGCUCGGGGAUCAGGCCCUCUUUGACUCCCUAGAGCUUCUAAUUCGAUCAGAUAAUGCUGAUUCCGAGUAUCAGUCUUGGGUACAAUCAUGCCCGACAUUGCCGGAUGCAUUCAAACACCUCCAAGGAAUCAAUACCAAGGAUCAUACCCAGUGUGUGUCGACUGUUUUCCCUUACCUUCGAUACUCCAAGGCUGCCAUAGACUAUUACCUCCACCACAUGGUUUUCCCUCAAGAGCUCAAGGAAUUCCCGUAUAAGCUAUCGGCCUCAGGAUGGGAUCUAGGCAGGAAGAAAAAGCACAUUACUACCGGUUUUAGUGGCACAAAUGAUUCCAGAUACAUCCUUCCUCUCGAUGUGAGGCAACUGGAUCUCCCCGAGCAGAAACAUACUAAUGCACUUGUACUGGAGAACCUGCUGUGCCCUGAAAAUAGCAUUACUUUGAUGACGGACGAGAUGGCAGGGGCGACUUUUCACAGCCAGUAUCUCCUAGAGACACUCACAAACAUGAGCUCAAGGCCGCGGGUGAUUUUGGAUGUCGGUGCUCAAGUGAUUGAUCUUACAAAUCUAGAGCUGGCAAGAGCUUGGUUACGCCAUUAUGCAUCUGACGGGAAUACGGAAGCAGUCAUCUUCUUCAAUGACUUUGACGAGAUUGUGGUGAUGGAUAAGAGUGGCAGGGUUGAGGAAUUACAAACUUCGCCAUUUGCAGAUCGGUUAGACCAGUGCCUUGUCUUCCUCGACGAAGCUCAUACUAGAGGCACAGAUCUCAGAUUACCUACAAAUUACCGGGCUGCAGUCACUCUAGGUGCACACCUAACGAAGGACAGACUUGUUCAAGCAUGCAUGAGAAUGCGCAAACUUGGGAGAGGACAGAGUGUGGUCUUCUUUAUCCCACGAGAGAUUGAACAGAAGAUCCGCGUUCUUCGAGGCCAGGAACCUUCAUCGUCGGCAGAUAUCACCGUGGCAGACGUUAUCUGCUGGGCUAUCACUGAAACAUGCACCGAUCUGCGAAAAGCAGUCCCACUUUGGCUGAGACAAGGCCUCCGAUUCACUGAGCAGCAAACUAAAUGGGAGGAUCUGAAGACACAGACUGACAGCGAAAGUCGACUCGAAUACGCCAAAAGGUUCAUGGAAGAUGAAGCCCAGAGCCUUGACAGGCGGUACCGUCCCCGCCGGGCCAGCAGCGACAUCUUCUCAAUAAUCAGUCGCAUGGAACCGCGUGCCGCAACUGCUUUUGAGAGCCGAUGCGUGGACUUUGGCCUAAGUGAGUUCGGAGACUCUUCAUUCAAUGAGGAGCAAGAACGGGAACUUUCGCCUGAGCUAGAACAAGAGCGGCAAGUCAUGAGACCGCCUCAGGCUGAGCCAGCAGAACAUCAGAUACACCCGGGCCUGGAGGAGUUCAUCCUCAAUGGAGUAUAUCCCAAAUAUUCAUUCCAGCCGGCUUUCAUGUCCCUCGCAACUACGUCAGCAGCUCAAUAUCUUGAUGUGUCUGAGUUCCCGAGGAGCAUCCUCGUUACACGCGACUUUGCCAAAACUGUCAACAAGGUGUUGGGUCACGUCGACUUUUCGGACCCUUUCCAGAAACCCGUUCAGUGGAUUCUGUCCGUCCAAAGAAACCCCAGUAUACUCAUCAUUGUUAGCCCUUACGAGGUUCAACAACUGCUCACAGCCAUUGAGCGGUCUGAGCAUAUUAUACUGCACCUCUACUCCCCACGAAUCAACGUCGGAUACAAGUCGCUUGACAAUCUCGACUUGUACAAUAUAUCCGGAAUCAGGUUACACCAAAAGGUUCCAAGGCACAUCAUCAGUCUCCUGUGCCAGUUCUCCGGUCAGCUGUACCUCUCAUCAUUUGAGGACUAUGUGCAGCUGUGCGACUCACUCGGUCUCGCUUGGAAGCCUGGUAACAACCAAGUCAUGAUCGGGCCGGAUGGAUUUAUACUGCCCGACCUAGCAGGAGGCGACGUGGUGAACAAGUCCAGGUUUUCAAAGAGCCCAGUGCAGUUCUUGAAGGUUCUCGUGGCGAAUAUAAGACAGAAUAACAGGGAUAUAGGGAAAACUCAUAUAGGCAGGAUUUUGGACGGAAUGCGGUUACUGGAGAGUGAUUUCGAUGCAAAGAUAGAGACAUAG